AUCGGGGGGUGGAAGGACACCCUGACAGGUAAGGGCGGGGCAGGAGGGAAUCCUCGGCGGUGGCCUGGACGGAACUAGGGAGGAUGAGACACCGCGGCCGUAUGGAUGCAUUACCUAGGCCAGAGACAGGGCAUGCGCAAGCGCGAGUUCACUGCGCGGGGCGCCCGCGGCUCGGCAGGCGCUGCAGUAGCAGCAGCAGCAGCAGAAGCAGCGGCAGCAGCGGCGGCAGGGGCUGCAGCAGUAGCAGCACUAGGCCUGCCGUGCGACGAGACAGCCGCACCCCGACUGUUCACCCCAGUAUUCCGACACAAACGCGGCCGCUUCCCAGAAGGGUACGCCUUGCUCGCAUCAGGGGCUUCCCAGCAGCCGAAAACCUCUGCGCAGGUGGCUCCCACGGUCUGGGGUCAUAGAGCUUGUCGCCCGGGAGGGGGACAUGCCAGCAGGACUCCGUGGCAGGGCAGCUGCCCCUGGAGCAGGGCUGGUGUGUACAGUCAAUGUUCUUCGGUUCGCUUGAAAAGCCUAGUGGAUGGACGCUUGACAUUUUUUCCAGGAAAUCAGACUGUAGAUUUACCUUCCAUAAAUUUUAUGAAAAGACAUGGCACUGUCUUUCUCAAUGCCUACACCAAUUCUCCAAUUUGUUGUCCUUCCCGUGCAGCUAUGUGGAGUGGUCUUUUCACUCAUAUAACAGAAUCUUGGAAUAACUUCAAAGGUCUAGAUCCAGAUUAUGUAACAUGGAUGGAUCUCAUGGAGAAGCACGGCUACCAUACACAGAAGUUUGGGAAAUUGGACUUUACUUCUGGACAUCAUUCAGUAAGUAACCGUGUGGAAGCUUGGACUAGGGAUGUUAACUUCCUGCUCCGACAAGAAGGAAGACCCAUGGUGAAACUUACAGGCCAUAGGAAGCAGUUUAGAGUAAUGGAAAAAGAUUGGCAGAAUACUGAUAAAGCAGUAAAUUGGAUAAAGGAAGAAGCUGUUAACUUUACUCAACCAUUUAUUCUUUACUUGGGACUGAAUUUACCACACCCAUAUCCAUCACCCUAUGCAGGAGAAAAUUUUGGAUCCUCUACAUUUUUAACAUCUCCCUAUUGGCUUGAAAAGGUAAAUUAUGAAGCUAUUAAAGUACCCAAGUGGAUUUCUCUUUCAGAGAUGCAUCCUGUAGACUAUUACUCAUCAUACACCAAGAAUUGCACAGGAGAGUUUACAAAGGAAGAAGUGAGAAAUAUUAGAGCAUUUUAUUAUGCUAUGUGUGCAGAGACAGAUGCCAUGCUGGGGGAGAUUAUUUCAGCUCUGCAAGAUACUGGGCUUCUUGGAAAAACAGUUGUUAUAUUCACUGCAGAUCAUGGAGAACUUGCUAUGGAACACCGUCAGUUCUAUAAAAUGAGCAUGUAUGAGGGAAGUUCCCACGUUCCUCUUUUAGUUAUGGGACCAGGUUUUAGAGAACAGCAGCAAAUACCAAAUGUAGUAUCUCUUGUGGAUAUCUAUCCUACUAUGCUCGAUAUAGCAAGAGUUCCUGUCCCACAGAACCUCAGUGGAUAUUCUCUUAUACCGCUGCUACGUGAAAAGGCUGAGAGCGAAGCGUCACCGAGAGGACCUCGGCCCUCAUGGGUGCUGAGUGAGUUCCAUGGGUGCAAUGUGAAUUCCUCUGUGUAUAUGCUGAGAACUGGCAAGUGGAAAUACAUCGCGUACUCGGAUGGCUCUUCAGUACUGCCCCAACUCUUUGACCUUACUGCUGAUCCAGAUGAGCUUACAAAUCUUGCCAUAAAAUUCCCAGUAACUGUACAUUCUUUGGACAAAAUACUUCGCUCUAUAGUAAACUAUCCAAAGGUUUCUUCUUCUGUUCAUGAGUAUAACAAGCAACAGUUUAUCAGUUGGAAACAAAGUUUGGGUCAAAAUUACUCAAGUGUUAUUGCAAACCUUAGGUGGCAUCAAGACUGGUUAAAGGACCAAAAAAAGUAUGAGAAUGCAAUUGACAAGUGGCUUGAUGGGUCCCAUUGUCCCCAGGAAACCAGGGCAUGGCAAAAGGGCUGAGUAACCUAACUCCUGACUAUGGCACCAUGGUUUCAAUCAUUUUUUGCCUCUCCAGGGUCAUCUGGCCCUUUCAUAAUAAUAUAGUUUCAUAACCUGUGAGCCCCCAUAAGGAAAAUGCACAUUAUCAUUCUGGUUUCAGAUUGCUCAGGCAUAGCUAAGAAUAAGCCUUUGAAAUGUGAGGAAGUGUGUCAAAGCUUAUCCUCACAGUUGUGUUAUAAGCCAUUAGCAACAAGAAUAAAGCAUAUUGUUAAUUUAAACAAGUUUAGAAAACCAGGAUAUCAGUAUCAUCUUUCAAACUGAUUUUUCACUCUUCUUUUCCUCUUCUGCUUUAUUAGAUUUUAAAGUGAAAGAUAACAUGUAUCUUUCUGAAGUACCUUGCUGUCAAAUGCUGUAUUACAGUUUUUGAUAAACAUAGCUUUUGCUAAACAUGGUUUCAGCUUUUGUCACAUUACCUUUAAUUCCUCUCUCGUACUGAAGCUGCAACAAUUAGGGUUAAAAUUAAAAUUGGAAGCAAUAAACCUCUCCAUAAAACAUCUUUAAUCUUACAGAUCGAACUAUCCUUAGGUCUUUAGGCUUAUGUAAUACUGAAAAUUUCACUGAGGCUUUAAGCCAUGGAAAGCUGGUAUUUUUACACAAUUCCUUGUAAACACUAAAUCUAUAUAUAUACCCUUAUUGUUUUUAGAAAAGCUCCUUACUGGAAACCUAGAGAAACUCUGAGAUUUAAUGAAAUGUAGUGAGUAACAGCAUAUAUAAGAUGGCUAAAGAAUUUAUUCACAACAAACAGCCAUUCUUUUCUUCAGAAUUAUAAAUUUUUAUUUAUGUAAUAAUAAUAAUAAAAAUUACCAGAAAAGUGAAAAUAUCCCCUUUGCCAUUAUCUGAGCAUCCUGAGCCAUUUACAGUAUAAACACCACCUGCUCAUGCUGCAGAAUUGGUGUGUGUGUGCCAUGCUUAUAGACAAUAUUGCCCUUUGUUGUAAACCAAGAAAUUCAUCUGUAAAAUGCAAGAUUUUUUGACAAACACUGCAGUAAAGAUUGAUCAGAGGCUGAUAUAUAAAAUAUUUUUCUUCUAUUUCAUACAAACUGUGAAUAAGAUGUAGUUAUGAGAAGUAGUUAGAAUCCUAAGUCUUAAAAUAUUAUAUCAUAGAUACAUGAAUUAACAGGAAAUUAUGCUGUAAAGAUUAUGAAGAUUAUGUUCAGGGAAUACCAGGUGAUUAUGAAGAAAAUCUAAGUAAAUUCCUCCAAGUUGCCUCUUCUAUUAUGAAUUGCUGAGUAACUCUAAUCACAAAUUAGUGAACUACUAGCAUCCUCUCCCAGUGGCAUUCAUCAAGUAGAUGCACCCAUCUUGCUUAUCACAUUUCUAGUAGUGAUUGGCAGGGUUCUUCAAAAAGGUCUGAAGAAAAGUUUGUGUUAGUUACACAAAUGCAUAUUGGAAAAGGAUUAUUCUCCACACAAAUGCAUAGAAACUUGGUCUCUUAGCCAGAUUAUAUCUGGAGUGCUACUUAAAAGCCUAGAAAAGAUUUAUGUAGAAAAAAGGAAUUUCUAGAAAUAUUUCUAGAAAUUAUUCUUGUUUCACAAUAAUUAUUAGCAAAAAAAUUGGAGGUCAGGAUGCUAUCAAGUAACAGAGCAUAUUAACUAAAUAGCUAUAAUUUCAUAGGAAAAACAGA